AUGCAGGUUCACUUCAUUCAGCUCAGACUCCAAUCAGUAGCAGAUGUUUCACUGAACCUUAUUUUAAAACACAUCUACUGGCUCUUCCACGUUGCCUACGUGUUGAUUAAGUUCGCAAACUCUCCCCGUCCGGACCUUUGGGUUCUGGAGAGAUCCGUCAACUUUGGUCAAACCUACCAACCCUGGCAGUACUUUGCCUCCUCCAAGAGAGACUGUAUUGAGCGGUUUGGACAGAGCACCAUUGAGAGGAUCAGCAAUGAUAACGACAUAGUCUGCACCACCGAAUACUCCCGCAUCGUCCCACUGGAGAAUGGAGAGAUUGUGGUGUCCUUGGUGAACGGUCGGCCCGGCGCUUUGAACUUCUCCUACUCACCAGUACUGAGGGACUUUACCAAGGCCACCAACAUCAGGCUUCGCUUCCUGAGAACCAACACGCUGCUGGGACACCUGAUGGGGAAGGCGCUCCGUGACCCAACUGUCACCCGCAGGUACUACUACAGUAUCAAAGACAUCAGUAUCGGAGGACGCUGUGUGUGUAACGGACAUGCUGAAUCCUGCAACGCCAAUGAGCCCAACAACCCCUACAAGUUACUUUGUGACUGUCAGCACAACACCUGUGGCCUGUCUUGUGACCAGUGUUGCCCCGGAUAUAACCAGUUACCGUGGAAACCCGCCACGACCUACACUGCCAACGAGUGUGAACCGUGUAACUGUCACCGCCACUCGUUUGACUGUUACUACGACCCUGAGGUCGAUCAGAAGAGAGGCAGCAUCGACAUCAACGGACACAACAGAGGAGGAGGAGUCUGCCUCAACUGUCAGCAUCACACCACUGGAGCCAACUGUGAGCACUGCAUCCCCACCUACUACAGGUCACCUGACCACGCCAUCGAGUCUCCAUUGGCCUGCUCACGCUGUGACUGCCAGUCAGAGUUUACAGAUGGUACCUGUGAGGAUCUGACCGGUCGCUGUUUCUGCAAACCAAACUACACCGGAGAGAACUGUGACUCCUGCGCCAAUGGUUUCAUUAACUUCCCAGACUGCUACCCCAUCCCCAUCUAUCCAUCCAGCAAUAACAACGGAGAGGCUAAACCUGCAGGAGAGAUCAUCAACUGUGAGUGCAGUGCAGCUGGUACUGUGGAUAAUUCCUGCAGACCGGAUCCCCGAACCCAGACCUGUGUCUGUAAACCAGGUUUCACUGGUGACCACUGCGACACCUGUGCUCCAGGUUUCUAUGGACAUAACUGUCAAGCCUGUCAGUGUUCAGGUCCCGGCUGUCUGGACGGGUCAUGUGACUUGGUGACCGGUCACAGCGUGUGCCGGAGUGGUUUCAAAGGUUACCAGUGUGACCAGUGUACACCGGGCUACUACAACUACCCACUCUGCCAAUUGUGUGGCUGUAGCACAGUCGGCUCCUUGCCUGAAGGUUGCGAUGUGUCUGGUCGUUGUUUGUGUAAACCAGAGUUUCAGGGUCCUCGAUGUGAACAGUGCAGAUCUGGAUUCCAUUCCUACCCCAACUGCCACGAGUGCACCUGUGAUCCUCGCACCUCAUUGGACUCCAGCUGCACUGCGUCGGGUCACUGCCACUGCCAGCCCAACUACAGCGGAGAGUCAUGUGACCAGUGCACUCCUGGUUACUAUGCUUACCCAAGCUGUACACCCUGCCAGUGUUCUGCAGAGGGCUCCCACUACACCAGCUGUGACCAGGUGACGGGGCAGUGUGUGUGCCUGCCCAACGUGGUGGGGCUGAGGUGUGACAGCUGUGCACACGGCGCCUACGGCUUCCCCAACUGCCGGGCUGGUACCUGCCACCCUGCCGGCUCUGUUCAGUAUGUGGUGCAGCCACUAGUGGGCCAAUGUGAGUGCCGUCGUCAUGUGGAAGGCCCGGCUUGUGACAAAUGUAAAGCUCUGUAUUGGAACCUCUCCCCUGACACUCCUGAUGGAUGCACCAACUGUGAGUGUAACAUUGGAGGUACCAUCAGUGGGGUGGCAGAGUGCGCACAGGAAACUGGCCAGUGCCACUGUAAGCCGAACGCUUGCAGUGGAACCUGCUCCACCUGUAAAGAUGGCUACUACAACCUGCAGGAGCACAACUACUUCGGCUGCCAGGGUUGCCAGUGUGACAUUGGAGGCUCAGCGGGUCAGUCUUGUGGAGAGAGGAACGGCCGUUGUCGCUGCAGACCCAACGUGGAGGGACCAAAGUGUAAUCUUCCUCGUCCAGAUUAUUACUUCCCAGACCUCCAUCACCUGAAGUUUGAGAUUGAGGAGGGAACCAUGCUCGAUGGCCGACCGGUUCGAUUCGGCUACAACCCUCUGGAGUUCCCGGACUUCAGCUGGAGGGGUUAUGCUCAGAUGUCCCCCGUCCAGACUGGAGUGAAGCUUCAGGUUUAUGUGAGUGAGGCAGACGUCUAUCUGACUCGCUUCAUCCUCAGAUAUGUAAACUCUGAGGGCGCUACAUCCAACGGUAAAAUAACAGCCUAUCAGGUCAACCGCAGAGGUUCAGAGCAAUCCAAACAGAUUGUCUUUGCUCCCAGUGUGGAGCCGACUUUUGUCAACGUUCCCCAGAACACCUUUGUAGAGCCAUUUGUCCUGAACCCGGGAACCUGGACUGUUGUUAUAGAGGCUGAAGGAAUCCUGCUGGAUUACCUGGUCCUUCUGCCCAGUGCCUACUAUGAAGCUCCCAUCCUGCAGAUCAGAGUUACUGAGCCCUGCUCCUACAGCUCUGUGCCCGAAGGCAGCCAGAACUGUCUGCAGUACAGAUAUCUGUCUCUGGACUCCUUCCCCUCAAUCUCCGGCAAUGAUGCCAGCUGUCGCAACGACAACCACCUGCCGCGCCCCUGCCCAACUGAGAAGGUCACCCCACGCCACCCUGACAUGGCCAUCUGCAGUGGCUAUGAUAUCAGCGUUCAGCUGCGAGGGCGUCUGCCAUCUCCAGGCGAUUACGUUCUGGUCGUGGAAUAUUCCAGUGAGGAAGAACUGCCACAAACUCUGUCUGUCGCUGUGAACAUGCCGGGAGCACGAACACACGAGCACCACAUAACCCUGCAGCACUGCAAAUACAGCUUCCUGUGUCGAGUCGUGGCCAUCGAUGGACAAAACAGAGUGGCCUUCUUUUCUCUCCCCUCUGAAGCCGAGAUCCAGCUCAUCUCCGACCGUGCCAGCUUCUUCCUGCACAAAGUGUACCUGGUGCCUAAAGACGAGUUCACCAUGGAGUACAUCAAACCUAAAGUCCACUGCAUUAGCACUCAUGGACAGUUCUCACCUGACAGUUCCUCCUGCAUCCCGUCACGCUUCCAGACCCCCUCAGACUCGCUGGUCCUGAAGGAGGGCCAGAGCUCCUCCAUACAGGAGCCCAUCCUGGCCUCCCCUGUAGCAGUUCCUCCUCUGCCCUUCCACCAGAGUGACGAGCCGGCCUGGACGGGAGGAGACAGACCUCCUUACGGAGCAGAUAAUGGUGACCACAUCAGGCUGGAUUCACUGCAGAAUGCAGCGGUGUACUCGACCCGUGUCCAUGCCCUGGGUCGUUACGUCUUCAUUCUCCACUAUCACCAGCCUCUCCACCCCAACUACCCUGUGCAGGUGUACAUUAAUGGUGGACGAAUCUGGCAAGGCCACGCCAACGCCUCCUUCUGUCCCCACGCUUACGGCUGCCGUAACGUCCUGGUGUCUGAGAAUCAGAUCAUUCUGGAUGUGACGGACCACGAGGUCUUCCUCACUGUGCAGAUACCUGCUGGCAAGACGCUGUGGCUGGACUACGUGUUGGUCGUGCCUGAGACGAGCUACAGCUCCAGCUACCUGAAUGAGGAGCCUCUGGAUAAAUCAUACGACUUCAUCAGCAACUGUGGACAAAACAGCUUUUACAUCAACCCUUCCACCGCCUCUCAGUUCUGCCUCAGCUCGGCGGUGUCUCUGUCGGCCUUCUUCAACAACGGGGCGAUGCCCUGCGCCUGCCACGAGGUCGGAGCCGAGAGCGACACCUGCGAACAGUUCGGUGGCCAGUGCCGCUGUCGGCCCGACGUGAUCGGCCGGGACUGCUCCAUGUGUGCCACGGGCUACUGGGGAUUCCCCAACUGCAGACCUUGUAACUGUGGUACGAGGUUAUGUGAACCGGUGACCGGUGACUGUAUCUGCCCUCCCAGGACUGUGCUCCCAGAGUGCACCAAGUGUGAGCCCCAGACGUUUGGCUGCCACCCACUGGUUGGGUGUGAGGUCUGCAACUGCUCUCGGUCGGGCAUCGUCACCCCCGAUGUGAACUGCGACACCUUCAGCGGACAGUGCAGAUGUAAGGACAACGUCGUUGGCCGCAAGUGUGACCGUUGCGCCCCCGGUUUCUAUGGUUACCCCAACUGCAGGCUAUGUGACUGCAACGAGGCAGGAACUGAAGAGGAAGUGUGUGACUCCUUCACAGGACAGUGUCUGUGCAAGGAAAACGUUCAGGGUUCCCGAUGCGACCAGUGCAGAGUUGGUACGUUCCACUUGGACCCAACCAACCCGAAGGGCUGCACCAGCUGCUUCUGCUUUGGAGUCACCGACCGCUGUCGCAGCUCUGACAAGAGACGCACCGAGGUGAUGGACAUGGAGGGCUGGGUGUUGCUUGGAGCAGACAGACAGGAAGUACCGGUCGCGGUGUAUCCUGGUCAGGACCUGGUUGAGGCUGACCUCAGCGAUGUGCCCGAUGUCUACCAGGACCUUCACUGGCAUGCACCAAAGAGUUACCUGGGAGACAAGGUCUCUUCCUAUGGAGGUUAUCUGAGGUAUCGUCUCCACACUCAGACCAUGAGAGGCGACGUGUUGUCUCUGCCUGCAGAAGCCUCCAGGCCCGACAUCAUUCUCAAGGGUAACCAGAUGACCCUGGUGUUCAUGGAGAGAGAGUACUCCUCACCGGAAGAGCCUCACCCGGGAAUCGUUCACAUGGUCGAGGGAAGUUUCCGUCACGCGCAGACCGGUAACUCUGUGUCUCGGGAGGAGCUGAUGAUGGUUCUGGUUGGUCUGGAACUUCUGCAGAUCCGAGCGCUACACUCCCAGUCUGCCCACUCGGUGUCGCUACGCGCCGCCGUGUUGGAGGUCGCCGAGAGCCUGCCCGCCGGUCGCCAUGCCAACAAUGUGGAGAUCUGCAUGUGUCCUGCCAAUUACCUUGGAGACUCUUGUCAGAAAUGUGCUCCGGGUUACUACAGAGACACUAUUGGCCUGUUUCUCGGGAAAUGUAUUCCCUGUAACUGUAACGGACACUCUGACCGGUGUCUGGACGGAUCUGGAAUCUGUUUGAACUGCCAGCACAACACAGCUGGUGACCACUGUGACAGCUGCCCGGGUGGUUUUCUCGGCAACAACAGUCUUGACGGACAGGCGGUGUCAUGCUCCAGUUGUCCCUGCCCACUAAGGGUCCCAUCCAACAACUUUGCAGAAGGUUGCGUGCAGAAAACCGACAGGAUGCAGUGUUUGUGUAUGUCGGGUUAUGCUGGACCACACUGUGAAAGGUGCGCCCCUGGUUACUACGGCAACCCCAUGGUACUGGGCAGCAGGUGCCAGCUGUGCCAUUGCCACGGCAACACAGACCCCAACAUGCUGUUCACCGACUGUCACCCGCUGACGGGCGAGUGCCUCAGCUGCAUGCACGACACGGGCGGGCCUCAUUGUGAGAUCUGCGCCCCUGGUUACUAUGGAGACGCCGUCACUGCCAAGAACUGCACCAAAUGUAACUGCUCUCCAUGUGGCACCGAGUUAUGUGACCCUCAAACUGGACAGUGUCGCUGUAAAGCUGGAGUCACCGGACCGCACUGUGACCGCUGUGAGAACGGCUCAUUUGGCUUUGAAUCGUGCUCUGGCUGCCGUCAGUGCGACUGUGACGCCUCUGCCGCUCUCGUACAGCCGUGUGACCCUCAGAGCGGUCAGUGCACCUGUCAGCCCGGAGUCAACGGGCCAAACUGCAGACAGUGCGCUCCUGGAUUCUGGCACUACGGAGCCAACGGAUGCAGGAAGUGCAGCUGUAGAGGAGGUCGCUGUGACCCUCGCACGGGAGAGUGCCGUUGUCCUGACGGGAUGACAGGAAAACAGUGCGACACCUGCAAGCAAAAAUACAGCGUACCUGUAGAGCACCAUGACAGCAUGCACUGUGAACCGUGUGACAGCUGCGUCAUCGUCCUGUUGGAGGAUCUUGACAAAAUGAAUGACAACUUCAACUCGGUGGCCGGUCAGCUGAGCAGUCUCAACGCCAGCUCCAUGGCCUGGGCUCAGCUGCACAAUCUCAACAAGUCUGUGGAGGAUGUCGCCAGUGCCAUAGAGAACUACAACAGUACGCUGGAUGACAGCAGGACUCGGGCCGACAUGCUGGAUGCUGAGAUUAUGAAUAUCAAUGACGACAUUGAUGAACUACAGGGCAAGGCGACAGUGAUGACUGACAGGGUUGGUGACCUGCGGGACAGUACCGCCAACACACACCAGAGGGCGCAGGACCUGCUGUCGUUCAUCAUCAACAUGACCAUGGGUUUAAAUGACAUCAUGAUGAUGACGAACCAGACGUCGCUGAAUGUCUCCGAAGCUGAGCAGGACGAUGGGGAUAGGGAGAGGAAGAUGAGGGAGGUUCAGGCCAUGCUGAGGGAGAUGAGGUACAGGAGUGUUGCGGGACAAAGGAAACUGUCUGACAAAGAAAAGAUGGCGGCGCAGAAAUUGUUGGACCGUGUUAACAAGGAGUUGGCAGGUCGUCAGGGCGAGAACAGCGACUUGGCGAAUGCUAUCAGAGAGCGCCUGGCCCGCUUCCACUCUGAAAUGAUGGAUCUCCGAGACGCCCUGAACGAAGCUGUGAACAACACUGCCAGAGCCGCAGAGAUCAACAACGUCAAUGAGAAAACUCUGGAGGACAACCAGAGGAGGAUAGAAGACCUGCUGUCCAAGCAGAAGGAGGUGAACGACCAGUUGUCCAUGGCUGAAGAUGACAUAGCGCAGGUCAACGAUGUGUUGUCCAUGAUGCACGACUCCAAAGAGGAAUAUGAGCGGUUGGCGGCCCAGCUGGAUGGUGCCAGGACGCCAUUGGCAAAGAAAGUGCAGAACUUUGCUUUAGCCGAGUCCAAAAUUCCUCUGGUGGAAGAAGCAGAGAAACACGCUGAGCUGCUGGAGACUUUAGCCAUGAACCUGUCCAGUGUGGUAACAGAAACCAAGAAGGACGGAUUAGUGGAUGUGACAAAAGCAUACAACAAGAUCAUCAACAGUAUCAAAGAGGCAGAGGAGGCAGCCAAGAUGGCCGAGAAGGCUGCUAACGACACAAUGGAGAACAUAGAGAACCAGAACCUCGGGCAGGUCGCUGAUUCUCUGAGAAACCACAGUGUGGAGCUGAAGGACGAAGUCGAGAAGCUAAACGAUGAACUCAACGACAGCCUGAAGCCGCAGCUGGAAGACGCCAAGAGGCGACUGGAAGAUGCCAAGACUAAGCAGGUUGAUGUGAUGAAGAACCUGGCGGCGAUUCAGAACAACCUCAACUCCACUACAAACGUGAGUCAAGAGAUCGGCGAGACAAAGCAAGCAGCGAAUCUGGCGAACAGCACGGCCACACAAGUCAACGAUGCCCUGCGUCCCAUUAAAGAGCAGCUGGACAAAUGGCAGCAGACAUACGGAGAUGCCAACGCCACCAAUGAUGAGAUCAACAACGCCCUGAUGGAAGCCAACAAGACUGUGCACGCACUGGGUGAGACUAUUCCUCUGCUAAUGAAGAAGCUGGACAAACUGCAGAAUCACUCCGUACAGAUGCCAAACAUCUCUGAGAACAUCAGCCGCAUCCGACAGCUCAUACAGCAGGCGCGCAACGCUGCUAGCAAGGUGAGCGUGUCGGUGAAGUUUAAUGGGGCGUCCGGGGUCCAGGUCCGUACUCCUCGUAACCUGGCCGAUCUGGCUGCCUACACCUCCCUGAAGUUCUUCAUCACUCUGCCAGAGGCGGCCCGAUCCAGGCGGCAGGACAACAGUAACCAACAGUUUGUCUUCUACCUCGGCAACAAGGAUUCAAGUAAGGAGUACCUGGGCAUGGUGUUGGUGGGAAAGAGACUGCGCUGGUACUUCAAUGUUGGAGGAGAAACUGCUGAGGUGCUGAUGGUUGAAGAUGUCAAGGCUAAUGGAAACUUCAAUAGCGUAGUGCUGGAGAGGAUCCUACAGUACGGUCAGAUGUCCAUGUCUUCAGAAGCCUCUGAGGGGGAACAAAUCGUCACCAAAGCCUCCACGGUGGCUCAAGGGGAUCAGGGGCUCCUCAACCUCCUGAUCGACGACACCGUCUUUUAUGUGGGAGGAUAUCCAAGUACUUUUAAACCCCCCUCCCCGCUCGCUUUGCCUAACUUUAAGGGCUGUAUCGAGUUAGAUACACUCAACGAGGAAGUUCUCAGUCUGUAUAACUUUGAAAACACCUUCCAACUCAACACCACAGCGGAGAAACCUUACGGCAGGUCCAAGCCGGUGCUGACUCAGGCCUGGGUGAAUGACGCGGCGUACUUUGACGGUACCGGCUUUGCUGAGAUCUCCUUUGCUGAUGAAUCUGCUCGCAUUCAGCGCUUUGAACAGGAAGUCAAACUGAUCUCACACAACGGAAUACUGCUGCUGCUGCACAAGGAGAACCAGUUCCUGUGUCUUGCGAUCCUUCAGGGUAGACUGAAGGUUUUCUACGACUUCGAUGGCGAUCUGGUGGAGCUCGAUCCCAAAGAACCUUCAUCUGAAUUCCUGAUGAUCAGUGAUGCCGACCCCAAAGCUCUGGAGAUCAUCAUCCUGCGUUCAACCCCGAACCGUAUUGUGGUGAGGAACAACCGCGUUGGCCUCUACACACACCUUUUCACAGAGAGCAUCCCCCAGUUCAGUGGCAGCUACUACCUGGGAGGAGUACCAGAGCACAUGAUGCCCGGGAAGUUGAAGACUCUGUUUCGCAAGCAGGGCUCUCUGAAGGGCUCUCUGAAGGGCUGUUUCAGAAACGUGAAGGCCCAGAACUCCCACAUCGACCUGAAGAGGAUGAAGCUCUCCGGAGUCAGUUUCGGCUGUGACAGUGACCUGCUGGUGGCUCGGGAGGCUCAUUUCUCUGGUCAGAGCUACCUGGACUUCUCAACUCUCAUCAACAUUCCCAGCCUCAGAAAUAACUUCUACUCCAGCUUCGGCUUCAGGACCGAGCAGAAAGAGGGACUCAUGUUCUACCACCAUGAUCAGGACGGAGUGUUCCAGGUGUUUUUGCAUGAAGGCCAUGUUGUAGUGAGAGCUGGCAACAGUGAGAUUAAGACGCAGAAGACAUACAACGAUGACAACAGCCACUACAUUGCUCUCUACAACAACAUCAACGGGAUGCGUCUGUACAUGGACGACGUGCUGGAGAAAGCAAACGAGGGCCUCCGGCUGAACAGCAGAGGGCGCAGUUUGACGACCAAGGAGGGAAGCACCUUCCUGGGAGGAAUGCCCAACCAAACCUUCUCUAAUCUCACUGGAUGUAUCAGCAAUGUUUUCAUCAAGAGUGUAAAGGAUUCUCAGACGGUGUUGAACCUGCUGAAAGUGAAAGAAAACGUCAACGUUCCUCUUGACUGUCCUGCUGCUAAAAAACCUCAGCAGAUCGUUGCUGCCCAGCCCAAACACAGCAACAAACCCAGGGGAAAGCACAGGAAGCCAUCUGGGUCUCGCAGCCGUAACACCAGGGAGUCCUGUCAGGGGGAGCUGUCAGACCAGGAGGCCGGAGCGACGCACUUCAGCGGCUCCACACACAGCUACCGGAGAUACGACUCUCUGCCCAGCUCACUCAGCUCAAUGCCUCAGAUCUCCAUGGCGUUGAGGAUCAACUCCUCUGAUGGUUUGGUGCUGUACGCAGCUGGUGGGCAGCGCAGUAUGGCUGUGAUGUCACUCAGCGUGUCAGACGGCCACCUGUUGCUUUUGUUGGAUGGCGGAAAGAGGAAGGUCAGCAUGCGGAGCCGCAAGAAGUACAACGACAACCAGUGGCACACGGUGUUUAUAAAACGCGAAGGCGAGAAGAUCAGCCUUAUAGUGGACGGUAUCAGUGCUCAGUCUAAGAGAAUCCCUGGAGGAGACCGGACUCGUCUUGCUGGGCCUUUAUAUGUUGGAGGAGUUCCGGCCUCACUGGCGGCUCCAGGCUCUGGUGGCUUCGUCGGUUGUGUCAGGGACCUGACGCUAAACGAAGCCCUUGCAAAAAGUCCCGCUCAUAGUCAGGGGACGGUGCCCUGCUUCCAGAGUCCUCUCCAGCCCGGAGCGUAUUUCUCUGGCCAGGGAGGACACAUGGCAAUAGAUGAGUCCUUGGUUCUAGGUCGGGAUCUGGAAAUCCAGUUGGAGGUUCGGCCCGUCUUGGACUCUGGGCUGCUGUUGCAUGCUGGGACGUCACCUGACCAACGCCUGAGUUUGGUUCUCAGACAGGGACAGGUGACUGUUUCAUUAAACAGCGGCAAAGGUGAAUUCUCUACCUCCUUUACUCCUGAGGAACCUCUAUGUAAUGGACGCUGGCACACAAUCACAAUGGUGAAGAAGAACAAUGUCCUGCAGCUGCAUGUUGAUGCAGCCAGUGAGCACAGCGUCGGCCCCAAACAGAGCCGCUCUGCAGGGUCCAAAGAGACCGUUUACCUUGGAGGGGUACCUGAUGGCGUCACAGUUCCUGGUCUGCCUGCAGGCCUGCCAGACUUCCACGGCUGCAUCCGCCAAGCGACGAUCAACCGCAGACCUGCCAUGCUGUCCAAACCCCUCGCUGUGUAUGGAGCCGUGGGGACGCAGGGCUGCCCACACAUGUAAACCCAAUACAGUCUUAUCUUCACAUUCCCCAACUGCAAAUUACUGGUGAUGGGUGUCAUGUUACUGUAGCUAAUUUAAAAUAUAUAUUAAUAUUUAUUUUCUAUUUUCAGAAAAAUUUAUAUUUUAUAUUUUACAGUUUGUUGUUGCAAUAUUACUGGUUUGUUAUUGUACUACAGGGUGCUAUAACAACUCCAUAUAGAUGCACUGAUACAAGUGACUGCUACAAGAUAUAAAAUAUCAACUCUAAAAUCUAAAGAUAAUUCUGAAAUGUGAAGUUUAUUGUCAAUGAAGGCAACACUGCUUGAAUUUUCUUGCUUUUGAAAGCAAAUGGUGAAAAGUAAAUGUCAAUCGUCCAAACACAUUUUCUGGAUCUGCAUUAUAUAUUAAAGUAAAUGAUGUAUACAGUUGUGUAUCGUGUAUCUCUAGCAGAGAAUGUUAAGAAUACCUACUGAGUCGGUACACUGUGAAAACUGAUGUAUGAGCAACGUCCUCAAGCAGUGCAGAUGGGCAAUGUCACCUGGGACUGGACAUUUGGGAAUAUCAGACUCUCAGUGAUGCAAAGAUGAAUACAUUUAACAUAUGACACCAAAAAGGUUAAAAAUAAUAUAACAUUAGGGUUGCGUUGCACCAACAAGGAUUAAUGAAUCUACAAUUAGUAUUAAUCAGAGUUUAACCAAACUAGAUAUUAGGAAAUACAUACAUUACAUUACUCAUGAUGGCUCUGCAGAGGUCUAAUUUCUCCUCCGAGAAAAACUUAGACUGCCUGUUGGCCCAAUAUUCCUGUUCAGCUCCACAACAGUUUCCUUGAUGAACCAAUAAUAUCUUGAAAGAAAAUCAGCAGCAGCAUUAUAAAAUCUGUCCCGUAACUUUCUUCGAGGAACUUGAUUAUUUUUGCUCAAUCCCUCUCAAAGGUUUUGGUGCAACAAAAUUGAAUAUUAUCAAGGUUUAGAUUAAAAACUAAACUGAUGUUAAACGAGAGGUUUGAAUAUAGAUCUUUAAGCUGGUCUACAUGAUUGUUACAUGAUUUUGAAGGUACAUUUACCAUGCCUAGUUAAUACAUCAGUUAUCAAAGGAUGAUCACAUAGCCUAAAUGUGAUUUACAGAUAGUUCAAACAUACAGUAGUUUAUGGGAAUUUUACUGUCCCGCCCCCCCCCCCCCCCCCCCCCCC